AGUCUGGGAGGCAGCAGCUUGAAAGCAGACACCGAGUUAAAAGAGAGCAGCGUUCAGAUCUUUGCCGUCACAAUUUAUUUUGGCGAACGAGCUGAAGUUGUUGAGCUGUUGAUAAACGUCCAACUAGAUAAAUCCACAGCAAGCUGUGCGUUUCAUAAACUUUGCAAGAUGACUUUUUGGUUUUGGUGUUUUGCGGUUCUGCUGCCUCUGCAGAUAUCAGCACAGAAUUACGGAGACAACGGAAUAGUGAUCCCGGAGCAUGGAUUUUGUCAGCCGAUCUCGAUACCACUUUGUACUGACAUAGCCUACAACCAAACCAUCAUGCCUAAUUUAGUGGGCCAUUACAAUCAGGAGGACGCAGGGCUCGAGGUUCACCAGUUUUAUCCCCUUGUGAAGGUACAGUGCUCACCGGAGUUGAAAUUCUUCCUGUGCUCUAUGUAUGCGCCAGUUUGCACAGUUUUGGAGAAGGCCAUUCCUCCCUGCAGGUCAAUCUGCGAGAGGGCUAAGCAAGGCUGCGAGGCGCUUAUGAACAAGUUUGGCUUUCAGUGGCCGGACCGACUGCGCUGCGAGAACUUUCCUGUUCUGGGAGACGGACAAAUCUGCGUGGGCCAAAAUGACUCCUCUGCCGCUACUGUACCCCCUAUGCCUGUCCCAGGUACCCAGGACAUCUCCAUUGUCUCCCCUUUUGAAAGGCCAUUCAGCUGUCCAUCUGUCCUCAAGGUUCCUCCAUAUCUGAAUUAUAAUUUUUUAGAUGAGAAGGACUGUGCAGCGCCCUGUGAGUCAUCAAGGAGUGGUGGGAGCAUGUUUUUCAGUGAGAAAGAGAUUCGUUUCUCCCGCAUAUGGAUCCUGAUCUGGUCUGUGCUUUGCUGUGCAUCAACGUUAUUUACAGUAACCACUUAUUUGGUUGAUAUGCAGCGCUUCAGAUACCCCGAGAGACCUAUCAUCUUCUUGUCUGGCUGCUACACUAUGGUCUCCAUUGCAUACAUAGCUGGUUACUUCUUGGGGGACAAAGUAGUGUGCAAUGACAGCUUCAGCCCUGACAGCUAUAAAACCAUUGUCCAAGGCACCAAAAAGGAGGGUUGCACCAUCCUUUUCAUGAUGCUCUAUUUCUUCAGCAUGGCCAGCUCCAUUUGGUGGGUCAUCCUGUCUCUCACUUGGUUCCUGGCAGCAGGUAUGAAAUGGGGCCACGAGGCAAUUGAAGCUAAUUCUCAGUAUUUUCACCUGGCUGCCUGGGCAGUGCCGGCUGUGAAGACCAUCAGCAUCCUGGCUAUAGGGCAGAUUGAAGGUGAUGUGCUCAGUGGUGUCUGCUUUGUGAGCCUCAGCAACCUGGACCCUCUACGGGGCUUUGUGUUAGCCCCUCUCUUUAUUUAUCUUUUCAUCGGCACCUCUUUCUUAUUGGCUGGCUUUGUGUCCUUGUUCAGAAUACGCACCAUCAUGAAACAUGAUGGCACCAAGACUGAGAAGCUGGAGCGACUGAUGGUGCGGAUCGGGGUAUUCAGUGUACUGUACACUGUUCCUGCCACCAUUGUUAUUGCCUGCUUUUUCUAUGAACAGGCCUUCCGCCCCUACUGGGAGCGUAGCUGGGUCAGCCAUAACUGCAGAAGCCUGGCCAUUCCCUGCCCUUUACAUGCUGGACCCCACAUGACCCCAGACUUUACUGUCUACAUGAUCAAGUAUCUGAUGACGCUGAUAGUGGGCAUCACAUCUGGAUUCUGGAUCUGGUCUGGAAAGACUCUGCACUCUUGGCACAAGUUCUACACAAGGCUGACGAAUGGCAAACAUGGAGAGACUACUGUGUAGAAGAGAGUCACAUUCAAAAUGUUAUUAAUUUGUGUUUUUUCUGCCAGAACCUCAUGUGAAAUGUAAUUGCACAGUGAGUGGACAAUAUUUUUUUAAUAUCUUUUGUAUUUUUCUCAGCUUUGUAGACAGAUACACACCAAACUGAGAGUUAGGCUUUUACACUAAGACAAGUUGGAUAUAUCUUGACUAAACUUGACGAACCAACAAAUAAUAGUGCUGGAAUACUCUGUUCACCUCUUCUGGAUCUUUUCUCAAAUCCCCCUCAAAUUCCAGGGGAGUGAUGCUCCAGCAGUAAGGAACACAGAACAUUACAUGUACAUUUUUUAAGAAAUUGUAAAUAGUCUUUGUAAAAACACCAAAUUAUAUAUUUGUAUUUAAAAAGUAAAUUCUCUUUGUUAUCGGCCAUUGUACCGGCUUUACUUACAUAUGCACUGUAACGAUGUACGAGUCCAAUGCUUGUUUCUUGUUUAUUUUUAAUAAUUGUAUCAUGUAAUAAUAUAGCAAUAUAACUUUACAUCUCAUUCUGAUCAAUGACACUCAAGAAAGUUUUUUGAUUUUA